UUCAGAUAAAUAGGAUCAAAAGGUUACUAUAAAAUUUACUGCAAAUUUGAAGAAAUGAAAAGGAAGAGAGUUAUAGAAUCGAAGAAGUCAUAGAACUAACUGGUUUAUCCAAAAUCUCUUGGGCUACGAGGACGAUGAGUCGUUAACGUGUACCUUUCUUGUUCGCAAAUGGUUCAAUACCCAUACCAAUCUCAGCGACAGAGUGAUAAAUGAAGAAAUCGAAGAAAUCGUAGAGAAGGGUCGGAAGUUUGGUGGUCUAUCUGUGGAUAUUUCAGCCAUGACCUCUGUUCAUUUCAGAUCCCACAAUCUCUUGCCUGCGAACCCAAUUGGAAGAUCGUUUUUGCAUACACCAACGGCUGCUAAGAACCCCAGAAUUCAAGCUAAUAUAAAAACCCAGUUCACCUCUUCUAGAACCCAGAGGAUAAUGGAGGGCAUAUCAGUUUCAGGGGAAGUUGGUGGUGCUGGUGGGGCAUACUCAUACAAUGCUUUGAAGAGGUUGGAUCAAAUUUGGUCCAGAAUUUGCUCUGGCCAAGAAGCUCCUGAAGCCGCACAGGAAGUCGUCCGUCGUCUCUCUGGUGCGUUUAGCCGUUCCGAUUCGGGAGAGAAAGCCACCGACACAUUUGAUGUGUUGGUUUGUGGAGGUACUUUGGGAGUGUUCAUAGCCACAGCUUUAAGUCUGAAGGGUCUUCGUGUCGGUAUAGUGGAAAGAAAUGUUCUGAAAGGGAGGGAACAAGAAUGGAACAUUUCAAGGAAAGAGCUGAUAGAACUCGUUGAAGUUGGAGUAUUAACAGAAGAUGACAUUGAACAAGCUACUGCUAUGAAGUUUAAUCCUAACAGAUGUGCAUUCGAAGGGAAAGGCGAAAUCUGGGUUGAAGACAUCCUCAAUCUUGGUAUCUCGCCUGAGAAGCUUAUAGAGAUCGUGAAGAAACGUUUCAUUUCUCUAGGUGGAGUCAUCUUUGAGGGAUGCAACGUUUUAAGCCUUUGCAUAUACGAUGAUAUGACUGUGAUGCAACUCUCUGAUGGGAACAUUUUAUCUUCUCAACUCACAAUUGAUGCAAUGGGGAAUUUUUCACCUGUGGUGAAACAGAUAAGACGUGGGAGGAAGCCUGAUGGUGUUUGUCUUGUUGUUGGAUCAUGUGCUCGUGGGUUUAAGGACAACUCAACAAGUGAUGUCAUUUACAGCAGUUCAUCCUUAAAAAAGGUUGGGACCUCAGAAGUUCAACUUUUCUGGGAGGCGUUUCCAGCCGGGUCGGGGCCUGUGGAUCGAACUACUUACAUGUUUACAUAUAUCGAUCCUCAACCAGGGUCACCUAAACUUGAAGACCUUUUAGAAGAAUACUGGGAUUUGAUGCCAAAAUAUCAGGGAGUCUCUCUUGAUGACUUGAAGAUAUUGAGAAUUAUUUAUGGCAUCUUUCCGACUUAUCGUGACAGCCCGCUGCCAGCUGCUUUUGAUCGUGUUCUACAGUUUGGAGAUGCAAGUGGCAUUCAGUCACCCGUUUCAUUUGGUGGAUUUGGGAGCUUGACUAGGCACCUCGGGAGGCUGUCAACUGGGAUAUAUGAAGCUGUAACAGGCAACUUCCUCGACUCUGAUAGCUUAUCACUGCUGAAUCCUUACAUGCCUAAUUUAAGUAGUUCAUGGCUAUUUCAAAGAGCUAUGUCUGCAAAGCAACGAUCAAACAUUUCUCCAUAUUUUAUCAAUGAGCUUCUUCAUGUAAACUUUCAGAGUAUGCAGAGAUUGGGGGAUCCAGUGCUAAAGCCUUUCCUUCAGGAUGUUGUGCAGUUUGUACCUCUUACCCAGACCCUAGGUCUAGUUAUGUUAACUAAACCUCAACUUCUUCCAUCAAUAUUCAAACAGGUUGGCAUCCCAGUGUUGCUCGACUGGUCUGGACAUUUCGGCAUGCUUGGCUACUACACGUUUCUCUCGACAUUUGUCGAUCCGAUUAUAAGGCCGUUCCUAAGUUCACUAACACCAAAGAUGAAUUUCGAGUGGAAACGACGACUCGAGGCCUGGAAGUAUGGAGCUGGUUUAGAUUACGAACUAUGAAGAACAAGUCUGUUCUAUAUUUUCAACCUCAGACAUAAAUAGCAACAUUGGUGUUAUGUAUAACUUAGCUAGCUAGCAGUAACAUUCUACACUCCAUAUGUGAAGAUCUGAAUAUCACACUAUUAUUUACAGAUAUAUAAGAUGAACACAGAAGGUGAAAAGAAUUGUACAGUUCA